UCUAUCGAUAGAGGGCGCACGUGUUGCGGACUUCGUUUGUUUAUGUUUUAAUUUAGAGCACAAAUUGGCCCUCAAGAUGUUCGUAAACGAAGUUAACGAUGUGAAGAUCUACAACCUGAGCGCCGGCAAGUCGGUGCCAGAUUGGCUGACGGAUCGUCGAAAGCGGUCACAGCUGAUGAAAAAGGUGGACUCCCGGAGACAGAUCGAGCUCAUCCAGGACUUUGACAUGCCCGGCGUCUGCACCAGCAUCCGCAUGAGUCCCGACCAGCAGUACAUCCUAGCCACCGGCACGUACAAGCCGCGCGUCAAGUGCUUCGAGGUGUCCAACCUGUCCAUCAAAUUCGAGCGCUGCUUCGACGCCGAGGUGACCACCUUUGAGGUCAUUAGCGACGACUACAGCAAGAUGGUGUUUCUGCAGUGCGAUCGCUAUGUGGAGAUCCAUGCGGCCCAUGGGCGGCACUACAGACUGAGGAUUCCGCGCUUUGGACGCGACAUGAAGUACCACAAGCCCAGUUGCGACAUGUUCAUCGUGGGCGUGGGCAGGGACAUUUACCGACUCAAUUUGGAGCGCGGUCAGUUCCUGCAACCGCUUGAAACGGAUGGCAGCUGCUUGAACGCCUGUGAUGUGAAUCCUGAGCACCAUCUUUUAGUAGCCGGUACCAAAGAGGGCACCGUAGAAGCCUGGGACCCCCGAACCAAGCAACGGUGUUCAACUUUGGAUGUAGCUAUGAAGUUGCCGGGCGUCAAGGAGUUUCCAUCAGUCACGGCCCUCAAAUUCCGGAACGGCUUGCACAUGGGGGUGGGAACUGCUUCGGGACACGUGCUAAUCUACGACAUCCGUGCCAAGCAACCGCUGCUGGUGAAGAAUCAUCUAAAUCGACUGCCCAUCAAGCGUCUGGCCUUUAAUCCAGCUCAGAAUGCCGUCUAUAGCUUGGACGAGGCUACCCUGAAGCUGUGGGACGAGCAGACAGGCAAGCAGAUCGCCUACGUUGAGUCGACAUCGUCAUUCAACGAUUUUUGCACCAUUCCCGACACGGGUAUGUUCUUCGUGGCGCAAGAGGAUGUGAAGAUGAUGACCUAUUACGUGCCUGCCAUGGGUCCAGCUCCCCGAUGGUGUUCGUUCCUGGAUAACCUCACCGAGGAGAUCGAGUCGGAGGUCGUGGAGAAUGUGUACGAUGACUACCAGUUCGUCACAGCCAAGGAGCUGGCUGAAUUGGGAAUGGAGCACCUCGUUGGCAGCAAUCUGCUUAAGGGUUAUAUGCACGGAUACUUUAUGGACGCAAGAUUGUACCACAAGGCCAAGGCAGUUGUGGAACCCUUCGCCUUUGACCGAUUCCGCAAGGACAAGAUCCGCCAAGAAAUCGAGAGCGAGCGCAAGUCCCGCCUGCAAAUCGAAUCCAAGCUGCCCAAGGUUAACAAAGAGUUGGCUCUCAAGAUUAUGGACGAACAAGCUAAUCCCUCCAACAGUGCCAAGCAGCGGAAUGUGCCCAAUCUGCUUGAGGACUCGCGUUUCAAGGCCAUGUUCGAAAACGCCGACUUUGAAGUUAACAAGUCUGCCGAGGAAUAUCGUUUGCUGGCUCCUGUUCUGAACCGACUGGAUAAAUCCAAUGCCAAGGAACUCAAGAAGCGCGUGGAGGUGGCUCAUGUGGCCGAGUUGCAUGCCGACGAGGCACAUCAGCGCGAGGAAAGCGAUAAUGACGAGGACCUAUUUGGCUUCGAGAAGAGCGAUGGCGAAACGAAGGAUGACAGCGGGGAUGAGGCCUCAUCUGACGAUGACGACCGCAGGGAGUAUGUCAAGGAAAUGAAGCAGGCGUACAAGCAGGUAAAGCGACAACGCGAGGAAGAGGAGGAGCUAGACGACAAAGAUGAAGAGCAGCCGCACGAUGAAAUUUCGGACACCGCCAAAAUACCCCAGACGAAUGGACACACCCACAAACCAACCACCAAUGGCAAUCGCUUCACAAUGACCCCCUUGGAUCAACAUCAAGGCAGUAGUUCCCUGCAACAGCGCAUCAAAAAAGCCAGCCUGCAGGAUCGCGUACAAGUCAUGUCUCAGCUGGAGGGGCAGGUCACCAAUGUGGGUCGCUCCCUAGGCAAUCGGCAGAUGACAUUCGAAGUGAACAAGCAGAAGAAGACACAGUUCCAUGCCAAGAAGCGCGAGGCGGAGAUGAAGAAGCAUCGCGAGGAGCGAAGGAGCAUUGUCAGGCCCAUCAAGUCGCUGAGACUAAAGAAAGUUAACUUUAAGUAGAAGAAAAGUUGCAAUUAGUUAUGUACAUAAAUUCAUAUGUUAAAUUAA